GAAAGCUGGCGUCGACAACGACAAUCGGCCUUCUGUUGGUAAUUCUGCCCGUCAUAUCAUUACUGCUGAAUCCAAUGCGCCUGAUUGUUAACUAUGCCACCAGAGUGAACAAAGGAUCAUUUAUGUUGGAGACUUUUCAGAAGGAGGUGGAAGGCGCGCACCUUUCUCUCUACGUGUUCAACAUCACUAAUUCUGACAGGUUUAUGACUGGACAGGAUGACAAACUCAAAGUGGAAGAAAUUGGACCCUUCACAUAUGCGGAAAUUCGUCACAACGUGGACGUAGACCUAAACGAGGAGGAAGGAGUGAUGUGGUUCACCCCACAGAUGAAGUUGCGGUUUGUGCCGGAGAAGUCUAUCUCAAAACCUGAAUUCCUAAAUGUCACAGUUCCUAAUCUUGCGCUAUUGAGCGCGACUUCCCUGAUCAGCCAAUACCCGUCCUUAAUAAGAGGGGCUAUAACCUGUUUGUCCGGCAUCUCAAGUCACAGCCGGUGAUCAGUUUGGACGUGCACAGUUACCUGUGGGGAUACCCCGACCCGCUUAUCGCCAUGGCUCAGAAACUAGUGCCUGGACUUAUUAAUUUCGAUAGCUUCGGUAUUGCUGAUAGGCUAUAUGAGAACUCGACAAUGUACCGAAUGAAAGUGGGUAUAAGGGAUGAAGACCGGUUCAGCGUCAAGGAACUGAAGAAGUUCAGGAGGAAAGAUUACAAUAACACAGAUGUUGAACCGUUGGAAAGUUACACUUUCGAGAAUACCUAUGAAGGAGUAGCGUAUCCUUCUGGCCUCUCCUUACAGACGCCCAUCAGCAUCUACAGGUUGGGAGUCUGUCGGACCUUCGACUUAGUCUUCCAAGAGACGAAGACUAUGGAGUACGGCUUCGAUGCCUGGAAGUACAGGAUCAAUAACGCAACUUUUACUAGAGACUGCAGUCGAGGUUUCUGCGGCAUGAUGGAUUUGUCAAAAUGCACUUUAGGUAUUCCCAUAGGUAUGAGCAAGGCACAUUUCUUACACGCAGACCCGGCGAUCUAUCAACGCGUUGAGGGUAUGAAGCCGAAUGCAGAGGCACAUGACUCAUAUUUUCUUGUUGAGCCAACAGUAGGAAUUACCCUAUCAGCGGCGUUGGCUCUGCAGAUGAAUGUGAAUCUAGGAAAUAUUACUUUCAACGAAGCCACAGCUAGUUUCUCCAACAUGGUACUACCUGUGGUCUACAUUAAAGUUAUACAACAAGACUGUUUCGAAACAAUAAAAGACAUAUUACGAAUAAUUCACAUCACAGGACCUACAGUACUUUUAGUCCUAGAAAUAAUUUUAUUUAUAGUCGGUAUAGGGUUAUUAGCGUAUUCAGUAGUCAUCUACAAGAAAAGUUGCGCUCAUCACAAGAAGUGUUUAAAAGAAAAGCAGACUGCACCUCUGAUAACAUAUUUGAAGAAUUAGUAAAAUUAUUUCAACAUUUAUUAUUGGACUGGAAGAAUUAACUUUUUUUUGGUCAAAACGAUGAGAUAUAAAGAGGCUACGGAUAUUUUUUGCCCACAAAGACAAACAUUUCUUUGUUUUUUCAUUCAUGUCAUUUCACUUCAACGGAACGUGUAGUGUAAAAUGACUAUAACAAAAUUAUAAUACAUAUCUCUCAUAUUAUGUGAGAGUCCGCCUGGGUAGGAACCACUGCAAUGUGUAUUUCUGCCGCCAAGCAGCAGUGUGUAGUCUCUGUUGUGUUCUGUUUUGAAAGAAAUUUUAGCCAGUGCAACUAUUAGACAUAAUACGACUUAACAUCUCAUGUCUCAGGAUGGCGAGCGAAGCGGAAUACCAAACAAUACUUUGUAACUCAAGGUCUUGGAUGGUGUUUCUACUGUUUAUGGGCGGACGUAUAGCUUACCAUCAGGCAAACGACAAUCUUGUCUCAUCAUUCGAAACAAUAAAAAAAACCAUUGUUUUAUGAAUAAUAGUAGUUUAAAGAACAACAAUUGAAUAUCAUCGAAUAAAAUUUAAGGGAAUAUUGUUUCAAAAAUCCAUAAACGUAAAAAUAUUUGUUAAUACAUUAGGUCAAGAUAAGUUUAAA